GUUCCGCCUAGUUCGGCAUCAAUUGGCAAGAAGAAAAUACCGGCGGUCGAGCCAAGCUUAGCAACGGAUACCUAAACUCCGUAAUUGACAGCAAGCUCUCCUAAUAGAAUUGCUCCUUAUAUUCUUCCCAUCUCUCCACCAUCAUCUUAUCACAACACCUUACACUUCAAAAUGUCACAAAAACUUCGUAUCGGUUAUGUUCCAGAGCAUUUCUCUAUGCCUCUUUUGCAAUUAGCUGCAACUGAAUGGGGAAAGGAACAUAUCACAAUCGUACCUCAACCAAGUGGAACAGGACAAAUGUUAACUUCAUUCAAUGCAGAAAAGCCAGAAGAUCGUGUGAUUGAUGUAGCAAUCGCCUUGACGGAAGCAUUGAUUGCAGGUUUGGCAAAAGGUCGUUCGGACUAUGAAUUAGUUGGAACAUAUGUCAAGAGUAGCUUGAAUUGGGCAGUGAUCACUGGUACAGACGAAAAAGCAUCAAAGUAUAAUUCUAUCAAAGAUUUGCAAAAUACAAAGAUUGGAAUUAGUAGAAUCGGAAGUGGUUCUCAAAUCAUGGCAAGCGUCAUGGCAUUGCAACAUGGAUGGACAGAUGCAAAUGGAAAUGUACAAUCGAUCGAAUUCAAAGUGAAUGAUACAUUUGCUAAUUUGCGAAAUGGUGUCAAUCAACAUGAAGGUUUGGAAACAAGUGCUUUCAUGUGGGAAUGGUUCACUACUAAACCAUUCGUAGACUCAGGCGAAGUACGCUUUAUCGGAAAUGUGCCAACGCCUUGGCCAAGUUGGACGAUUGCAAGUUCUAAAUCCAUUAGCUCAGAGCAGAAAAAGACUUUGGAAGAAUUCCAACAAAAGUUGCAAGAGACAAUCAAAGCAUUCACAAACCCGAAAAAUGAAACAGAAUCUCGUCAAGCAAUCGAAAAGCAUUUCGAUUACAAACCUGAAGAUGUUCAACAAUGGUGGUCAGGCGUCCGUUGGGCUCUCGAUCAACGUGAACCUUUGGCCAAUGCAUCCUCUAUGAAAGGUCAAAAUGCAAACACAAAAACGGUCAGUAAGGCUGUGUUAACACAAACUUUAGAUCUGUUGGAAAAGGCUGGCGUCUUUAAAGCUCCACAAGGUGGAUGGGAUUUCAGCAAAUUCGCAGAAUCCUCUAACUUAGUCGACUGAUACCUUUCUAUAUUGCUAUGCCAUACCGCUCCACACAAUGUAUAUUUAUAACCAAUGAUACCGAUAGAUCCAAUUUUACUGUUGUGAAUAUAUUGCAUUAGUACAGAAUAGCUGGUCGACUCAGCAUCGAAAGUC